CCAGCAAUGACAAAGUAAGCGUUUUAUUUGUUAAUUUUGGUCAUUACUUGUUCCGAUAUUUCUCCAAAUUCAACGAGCUCAGAACCUCAGUCUGCUUUUGCAGUGCCCUUUCAUACACCCUUGUCAGUUACAUAUAACCACAGUUGCCUACAGCCCAGAGCUCUUGGCCCUGCCCAUGUCUUUGGCAACUGUCACUUUCUCGCUCGACACCCGGUUGCAAACAUUAUUGGAUACUGUUUGAUACGAUGGCCAUGUGCUUGAUGGUGGCUGCAUGGUGUAACAAUACGUUCUCUGUACAGUAGAGUCCACUAUGGAACCUCCUCCCUUCCCACCUUUCGGCAUAGGAUCUGUCGAUAUCAGCACACGUGUCAUGUCAACAGCUUGACAGAUCAUUUGAUACAUUUUCAACUACCAGACACCAUAAUCACAAGUCAUGGUACUCGACGAGAGUAAUCACAACAAACCUGGGGUACGCAAGAGUGCCCAGGAAACUGCGGCCGCGAGGCUCGUCGCAAUCCCCUUCAUACCAGGCUCAGCCAAACACGGCCAAAGAUCGGAGCUCACGGUACCCACGGUGCCCACCGCCCUCUCCAGCUUACCAAUACCGCCACCAUCGUCAGCCCCAACUUCUGCAGGGACCCAUGAGUUCAGGGCUCAACCAAGCACCUGCAAAGGCACACCAAAUACCACGCAGGAUACCAUGCCAGGCCUCCUUCUGCCUGGAGAAUCAGUCAAUCAGUACACAGAACCUCUUUUCGACGUUUAUGCAAAAUCAUACGUUCCAUCCGGGCUGCGAGCCAUUAAUGAAGAAGUGGCUGGGAACAUACCAUUACCGAAACAAAACACAAGAUUGGAUUUGGUGCAUAUAAUUGCAAAUUUGCCGCGUGAACAUGCAGCGAAGGAGCACGAGAAUGAGCAGCACGCGCUGUGCAGAGUUCCACUACAGGCCGUACCCAUGCCUGAUCUCACCCGCCUUUGGGCCUUAUCUGUAACCACGUGGCUUAAUCACAUGAUACCCUAUUGUAGUAGGCACUACCUGAGGGCAAGUGCAUUUACCUCCGAACUGAGAGCUCGAAAAACAACAUCAUCGAACAACAACACAGAUAGCAAUACAAUCAUUGAUCACUGCCUCCAACCAAAACUGCUCAUGCAGUUACAUUAUCCAUAUCCGGACUGCGGGAAGACACUAAGAAACGCCCCCCAUCGCACCCUGUUCGACUACGCCAUCAACUACGCGCAGGCGCGUGCCGUAAACUCGAUAUGUGCGGCCGACUACGGGACCCUACCGUACCUCAUAUCAGGGCCACCAGGGACAGGCAAGACGAAGACACUCAUCGGGGUAGCCAUGCAGCUACCAAACACCACAGAUGUAGCCCAUAUGCUACUCUGUGCGCCUUCUGAAGCCACAGCAGACACUCUCGCGAUGCGGCUGAAGCAAUACUUGACACCCAAACAGUUCCUACGGCUCAACGGACCGAACAGAGCCGAUAACGAAGUCUCGCGUGAACUGCUGCAGUAUUGCUAUAUCCAGGAUGGUAUGUUCUAUAUACCGCCAUUCAAGACGCUGCUAUCGUACAGCGUGAUAGUCACCUCAUGUUGCGAUGCCGUCAUAAUGGCAGAAGCGCGCUUGACAAAUGCAGAUCUCUGGACCAUGGAGCGGGCUCUGGUGGCAGCACUUCACUUUGAAGAAGAGCCACCAACACCCUUCCUACAUUGGGGAGCGCUCCUGCUCGACGAAGCCGCUCAGGUAACUGAAGUCGACGUCUUACCAGCGAUCAGCAUCAUCUGCCCACCCUCAGCCUACCCACAAGACCAUGCCCAACCACGUCUAGUAAUGGCAGGUGGCGAGCACCAACUCGGCCCACGCACCGCAUCCCACGACUCUGCGUUCUCUACCUCCCUUUUCGCCCGCUUCUUCGCCCGCCCCCUAUACGCCAAUCACCCCCUUUACCGCUCCAAUGUCAGGCCUUCAUCCGGCCCGUCCUCCAAACCCCGCAGACUGGCCGACGAAAUCAAGCGCGAUAAUGGCGGCUGGUACAACAUCAGCGAAGCACGACUCGCCUGCUUCCUAUACUGGUAUUCGAGUCCGGUGUAAAGCAGGAAGUCAUAUACAUUAUGUCCCCCUUCACUGCGCAAGUCAAACCUCUACGUUCGAUGAUACGGAGUCAGCAGUACGCUGGCGGGAUCGGGUUGUGGGACGUCAAUAUUGGUCUUCUAGAGGCGUUUCAGGGGUUACAGAAAAGGGUUAUGGUUAUUUGCACGACGAGGAUGAGGAUGAUGUUUAUGGAGGACGAUGUGAAGAGAGGCAUGGGACUGGUGGGACAGAAGAGAAAAAUGAAUGUUGCGCUGACGCGGGCAAAAGAAGCGCUUUUUGUGAUUGGGAGUUCGAAGGUGCUGGGUAGCGAUGAGCAUUGGAGGCGUGAACGGCAUUUUGAGAGAG